AUGAAGCCCCCCUCAGGGCCAGAGGAGGCCCGGCGGCAGGCCUCGGACAUCAGCGUGUUCGCCAGCAGCUGCACGCUGCACGGGCUGGGCCACGUCUUUGGCCCAGGCAGCCUGACCCCACGCCGGGGGCUGUGGGCCGUGGCCAUGCUCCUGUCCAUGGCUGCCUUCCUCUACCAGGUGGCAGAGAGGGUGCGCUACUACGGGGAGUUCCACCAUGAGACAGCUCUGGACGAGCGCGAAAGCCCCCAGCUCACCUUCCCGGCCAUCACCCUGUGCAACAUCAACCCGCUGCGCCGCUCACGCCUCACGCCCAACGACCUGCACUGGGCCGGGCCCUCACUGCUGGGCCUGGAGCCCUCAGAGCACGCAGCCUUCCUGCGCGCCCUGGGCCAGCCCCCCACACCACCCGGCUUCAUGCCCAGUCCCACCUUCGACAUGGCCCGGCUCUAUGCCCGGGCUGGGCACACGCUGGAGGACAUGCUGCUAGACUGUCGCUACCGCGGUCAACCAUGCGGACCCGAGAACUUCACUGUGAUCUUCACCCGGAUGGGCCAGUGCUACACCUUCAACUCUGGGGCGGAUGGGGCCGAGCUUCUCACCACCCCCAAGGGCGGCACGGGCAACGGGCUGGAGGUCAUGUUGGACGUUCAGCAGGAUGAGUAUCUGCCCGUGUGGAAGGACACGGAAGAAACCCCAUUUGAGGUGGGGGUCCGAGUGCAGAUCCACUCCCAGGAGGAGCCACCCAUCAUCGACCAGCUGGGCUUUGGGGCGGCCCCCGGCUACCAGAUUUUUGUGUCUUGCCAGCAGCAGCAACUGAGCUUCCUGCCACCACCCUGGGGCGACUGCAGCUCAGCAUCUCUAGACCCUGACUUUGAGCCGGAACCCUCUGGUCCCCUGGGUCCCCCCAGCCCCAGCCCAAGCCCCAGCCCUCCCUAUAGUCUAAUGGGGUGUCGCCUGGCUUGCGAGACCCGCUAUGUGGCUCGGAAGUGCGGCUGCCGAAUGAUGCACAUGCCUGGUGGCGCACCGGUGUGCACCCCCCAGCAGUACAAGGACUGCGCCAACCCGACGCUGGACGCCAUGCUGCGGAAGGACGCUUGCGUCUGCCCCAACCCGUGCGCCAUCACCCGCUACGCCAAGGAGCUCUCCAUGGUGCGGAUGCCCAGCCGCGCCUCUGCCCGCUACCUGGCCCGGAAGUACAACCGCAGCGAGGCCUACCUCGGGGAGAACGUGCUGGUGCUGGACAUCUUCUUCGAGGCCCUCAACUACGAGACGGUGGAGCAGAAGAAGGCUUACGAGGUGUCGGAGCUGCUUGGCGACAUUGGGGGCCAGAUGGGGCUGUUCAUCGGGGCCAGCCUUCUCACCAUCCUUGAGAUCCUGGACUACCUCUGUGAGGUGUUCCUAGACAGGGUCCUGGGAUACUUCUGGAAACGGAAGCGCUCCCAAAGGCACUCCAGCACCAACCUGCUUCAGGAAGGGCUGGGCAGCCAUGGAAACCAAGUGCCCCACCUCAGCGUAGGCCCCAGCAACGUGGUCUGUGUCUCAGCAGGCCUCCCACCCCUCCCUGUGCCGUCACCAGGACUCUCUCCGCCUCCCAUCGCACCUGCUACCUCGUCACACGGCUCUAGACCUGGUGUCUGUCUUCAGGGCUGAACCUUGACAUCUUGGACAUGCCCUGACUGCACAUGGCUUUGCUGUCUUUAUCCCAAAUAAAGUU